AUGCCCGACGAGGAUCUGGUGAGGCUUCCGUUGCAGGACAUCUGGGAAGCGGCCUCAUCUGCGCCUGGCCUGGCCAAAGUCGCCAGAGCCGUGUGCCGCAGGCUCGGCAACAGGACGUUUCCAGCUUUGCUGGAGGCCUUUGGAAACGGCAGCCUGCAAGAAGCCACCGACAGGGCGUGCGGCUUUCCCUGCCAGGUUUCAUCAGGGAUGUGGGAGGCUGUGGACAACCUGACGAUGAAGGAGCGAAUCUGGCUGGGCUUCAUGGUGGUGCAGCUGCGAAACGGCAGCUUUGGCCAGGGCAACGGGUCCUGCCGCCGCAGCCCGUCCCCGCCCCGCAUGCUGGUCCACGUGCGGGGCGCGCGAGGACAGGGGCUGGGAAACCUCCUGCAAGGCCUCGAACAGUCCCUCCACGUGGCGAUGGUGUCGGGCAGGGCCUUCCGGAUGAAGUGGCCAAAGCUUGAAGAAGGCGUCCAGCCGCGGUUCCUCAACUGGAAGGAUGCGGAGGGAGAGGCCUGCAAGCCGGAGAAAAACGAGCUGUGGAACUUCGGCAAGUUCCAGGAGGCGUUUCGCCCCACCAUGACCAUGGCCCACAGCAACAUUUCCGUGAUGCACUUGACCGGGAACUGGGGCAUGCUACCGCGGAAGUGGGGCAACCUCUCGGGCAUCGGGCUGCCGGACAUCGACAUUCGUGUGAUUUUCCCUCGGAAUGGCCAGGCAGCCGGCUGCCUCCUCCACUUUGCCAUGGGCGCCCGGGACGGCUUGCUGAAGGAUGUUGAACGGGCGCUGGGCGGAAAGGAGCCGGGGCAGUUCGCCCUUCAGCUGCGCACCGGCGACGCCGUGAAGCACUCGAUUUCAGGAGAUGGCAGAGACAAGCGCCCGGUGAUCGUGAACAAGAUUUGGGGCCUGGAGACCCCCAGCAGGGCCGCGAACGCGAUGGCCGAGUGCUUCCGGCAACUUUGCGCCCACCUCUUUCCUCGUCCCCUCGGCCUUCGGGGCAAGGGGGCGAGGCGGAUGAAGUGCGUGGGGUACUUUGAGACGGACAACUACGAAGCCAGGCGAGCCAUACAGGCCCUGCCCAUGGAGCCCGCGACCGCCCUCAGAGCCUCCGGCCUCGACCCGAAACAUAGUGCCGGGGAGACGGCCACGGUGAUCACACUGGCCUCCAUCCUCGCCAUGGCAGCACACGACACGCUCCUCAAAACCAGCGGCUCAGUGGCCGAGUUGGCGCGGCACCUGGGCCCAGCCAUCCGACCAGCUGGGCGCAGCUUCUCCUUCGAGACCUUCCUGAAGGAGCGGGCCCGGCAGAAUCGGUCCAAGGCAGAGGUGGCCGGCCUCUGCGACCCCGCCCUGCAGACCCCAAUUUAA